UUAUGAUUUCUAAUUGUUUACUUUUUUGAUGUUUUGCUCUUGUAUUAUAUUCCUGAAUUCUUCUAUUGCUUUUUCUGUGUUUUCCUUGAUUUUGACUAUGUUUUGUUGGUUUUAUAUGUGUUUUUCAUGAGUUUGUUUAUUUUUUCCUUGGUGUUGUCUGUGUUUCCUUGAUCUCUUUUGUAGCCUCUUGGAGAGCGCUAAAUAUUAGUCUUUUGAAUUUUAUAUCAGGUAGUUCCACUGCCUUUUCUUCUACUGGAAGGUCCUCUUAUUCUUUGUUAUGGUCACUUAUUGGAGCCAUCUUGUCCAUCUUUUUUAAUGUUUUCAUAUUGUCUGCUGUCUCUGAAACAUUAGGGUAGUAUUUUCUUUAUUUAUUGAUUGUAUCUGCAUUUGUUUCAUCCUGCUUCUUUGUUUUGUUUGAUAUGUCAGGUCAGGUGUGGUUUGCUUCUUACUCGUCUAUGAGCACGGUAGCUCUCAUCACCUUGUCCAGGUGGGCGGGGCAACAGCAAGCAGGGUGAGCCCACUUCACUGUACACUAGUUUGACGAAGUGGCUGGUGGCGGACUGGGUGAAUGCUGUCUGCCUCUUGAUAUUGGUUCAGUGGUAUGGGAGCAUUCACAGCCUCUUGACAGAUAGGCAUGGGUAUCGAAUGGGAAGUAAUACGGACUUGCUUCCCACCAUUCAGCAGCCAAUUGAAAAUAUUGAAGUGGUCGAGGUUUUCAUCUACUUGGAUCCAAAAUCAAUGACCAUGGAAGCAACAGUCAGGAAAUCAAACAACGUAUUGCAUUGAGCAAAUCUGUUGCGAAAGACCUCUUUCAAGUGUUAAAAAGCAAAGAUGUCACCUUGAAGACUAAGGUGCACCUGUCCCAAGCCUGUUUUCAGUUGCUUCGUAUGCAGGUGAAAUCUGGAUAAUGAAUGAGGAAGACCAAAGAAGAAUUGAUGCCUUUGAAUAUUUAGUUGGCGAAUAUUGACUAUACGUUGGACAGCCAGAAGAACAAACAAGUCUGUCUUGGAAGAAGAGCCAGAAUGCUCCUUAGAAGCAAUUCCACCUUAGUCUUCAUUUUCUGCUUGUGCAAAGGCUUAAGGUUAGCUGGAGGUGAGAGCUUUGGUUCUCCUCAGAUCUUUCCUGAGAAUGCACACAGCCUUGGACAUUUACCUGGUCUUCUAGAUUUCCCAGUAAUCUGUUGGAGCUUUUCAUAGCCUGCUGUAGACAUCUUGUUCCACAGAUUAGUUCUUUAAAUUUUUUGCUUAGCGUAUUGUUUACCCUAAUUAUUCUCCCUUCCCUCAGAUGGUUGAGAGUGUAGUAACUGUACCGGAUUCUUUUCGACUAGGAGUCCUCUGAAUCAAAUAAAGACAAACUUUCAAGUAGUAUCUUUCAGAGAACCAGCAUAUAGGUGAAAUAAUGGCAAUUUGGGGGAAAUGUGGCCUUGAAGGGGUUCCAUUGCCAGUCUGCUCCCUCCAGUGGUUGCCUAACUGCUUGUUUUCAUGAUGAUUGUGGGCUGUUGGAUUUCAAGGCUGUUGUGGAGCUGGGGAGGACGGGCAGUAGGAACAAGGAAGGUCAAAACACUACAGGGCUCACCCUUUUUACUGAGACUCUUUGAGUGUGUUCCCUGGAUUACGCUAACCUAUGGUUAAUUCUAGAGUUCUGAAAAAAAGUUGAUUCUGACAAUGUUUGCUUUUAUAGAAGAGAGAAUUUUUGGAGGCCUUUAUUCUGCUAUUUUUAUUGACGUCUUCCCUGUUGUCUCUGAAAUAGAAUGUGCUUCACUCAUCUUUAAACCUGCCAUUGCCCUAUAGGAGUUUAUUAAAUUAUCUCUUAGGCAACAAAGAAUGCUGAUGGGAGAACCAUUUCCCUAAUUUUCUGAUUGUCAAGCUAAUUGCCAUGAUGGAUGAUCAACAAGCUUUGAACUCAAUCAUGCAAGAUUUGGCUGUCCUUCAUAAGGCCAGUCGACCAGCAUUAUCCUCACAGGAAACCAGAAAAACAAAAUCUUCAUCACCAAAAAAACAGAAUGAUGUUCGAGUCAAAUUUGAACAUAGAGGAGAAAAAAGAAUCCUUCAGUUCCCCAGGCCAGUUAAACUGGAAGAUCUGAGAUCUAAAGCUAAAAUUGCCUUUGGACAGUCUUUGGAUCUACACUAUACCAACAACGAGUUGGUAAUUCCACUAACUACUCAAGAUGACCUGGACAAAGCUGUGGAACUGCUAGAUCGUAGUAUUCACAUGAAAAGCCUCAAGAUACUACUUGUAGUAAAUGGCAGUACACAGGCUACUAAUUUAGAACCAUUGCCUUCACUAGAAGACUUGGAUAACACAGUAUUUGGAGCAGAAAGGAAAAAACGGCUUUCUGUGAUAGGUUCUACUAGUAGAGAUAGAAAUUCCCCUCCCCCAGGAUACAUUCCAGAUGAAUUACAUCAGGUUGCCCGGAAUGGGUCAUUCACUAGUAUCAACAGUGAAGGAGAGUUCAUUCCAGAGAGCAUGGACCAAAUGCUGGAUCCAUUAUCUUUAAGCAGCCCUGAAAAUUCUGGCUCGGGAAGCUGUCCAUCACUUGAUAGUCCUUUAGAUGGAGAGAGCUAUCCAAAAUCACGAAUGCCUAGGGCACAGAGCUACCCAGAUAAUCAUCAGGAAUUUUCAGACUAUGAUAACCCUAUCUUUGAGAAAUUUGGAAAAGGAGGAACAUAUCCAAGAAGGUAUCAUGUUUCAUAUCACCAGCAAGACUAUAAUGAUGGUCGUAAAACUUUUCCAAGAGCUAGAAGGAACCAGGGGACCAGCUUCCGGUCUACUGUGAGUUUUAGUCCUACUGACCAUUCCUUAAGCACUAGUAGUGGAAGCAGUAUCUUUACUCCAGAGUAUGACGACAGUCGAAUAAGAAGAAGAGGAAGUGACAUAGACAAUCCUACUUUGACUGUAAUGGACAUCAGCCCACCCAGCCGGUCACCUCGUGCUCCAACCAACUGGAGAUUGGGGAAACUGCUGGGCCAGGGAGCCUUUGGCAGGGUCUACCUCUGUUACGAUGUCGAUACAGGAAGAGAAUUGGCUGUUAAACAAGUUCAGUUUGACCCUGAUAGCCCUGAGACCAGCAAGGAAGUAAAUGCACUUGAGUGUGAAAUUCAGUUGUUGAAAAACUUGCUACAUGAACGAAUUGUUCAGUAUUAUGGCUGUCUGAGGGAUCCCCAGGAAAAAACCCUUUCCAUAUUUAUGGAAUAUAUGCCAGGGGGUUCAAUUAAGGACCAACUAAAAGCAUAUGGGGCUCUUACUGAGAAUGUGACCCGGAAGUACACCCGCCAGAUUCUAGAGGGUGUCCAUUAUUUGCAUAGUAACAUGAUUGUUCAUAGAGAUAUCAAAGGUGCAAAUAUUUUGCGAGACUCAACAGGCAAUGUCAAACUAGGAGAUUUUGGGGCCAGCAAACGGCUUCAGACCAUCUGUCUCUCAGGGACAGGAAUGAAGUCUGUCACAGGUACACCGUACUGGAUGAGCCCCGAAGUGAUCAGUGGAGAGGGCUAUGGCAGAAAAGCAGAUAUCUGGAGUGUCGGCUGCACGGUGGUAGAAAUGCUAACGGAAAAGCCUCCUUGGGCUGAAUUUGAAGCAAUGGCUGCCAUCUUUAAAAUCGCCACCCAGCCAACAAACCCAAAGCUGCCACCCCAUGUCUCAGACUAUACUCGAGAUUUCCUCAAACGGAUUUUCGUGGAGGCCAAACUGAGACCCUCAGCUGAUGAACUCUUGAGGCACAUGUUUGUGCAUUAUCACUAGCGGCCAAUAACCUUUCCUGUGCCUCUACCCAGCUACCAUCAAUUCAUUCACCUUCUCUCUGACUGCACUUUUCUUUUUUAUAAAAAAGAGAGAUGGGGAAGAAAAAAAGACAAGAGGGAAAGUAUUUCUCUUGAUUCUUGGUUAAAUUUGUUUAAUAAUAAUAGUAGCCUAAAUUUUUUAUAGUCUUUUUUUCCCCUUACAAAGAACUUGAAACUUUUUUUUUUUUUUUAAUUUUUAUAAUGUACUGAUGUGGUUCAGAGAGAUAAAGCACUUUAGUACAUAGUCACUCUUUUUAGUGAAAACAAAUCAUUUGGAAUACCUAAAGAUUGUAGAGUCUUCCUGUUUAUCACUGAUGUAUUUAUGGUGAUGGGGGAGAAAUGGAAAACAAGGAAAAGAAAAUGAUAUAUAAUUUGUAGCUUUUAGUGUUAGUAUUUAAAGUAGAUCCUCAUUUUUUGGAGGUUGAGCCCUAAACUUGAGUUUAGGGUAGGUACUCAAAGAAUAUAGAUUCCUUCUUAUAUCUGUAUUCUUUAUAUUCUAAUCUCUGUCUACCAAGCUUUUUGCUCAGUACAAAUCUUGAUAGAAAAUAUGAAUCUCUAAGAGGUAUGUUAAGUUGUUAAUCCUAACCAGUAUAAUAAGCAAAUACACUAUAGUAGAUCCAUGUUACUGGAAUUUAUAAACCUUGAGGGAUGAUUUUCUGCUUAAAAAAAAAAAUGCUAUUUUAUUUUAAAGCAGUUAUGGGAAGUCAAUAGAGCAAAUCCAAAAUAAAGUACAAAAGGAGAUUGCUCUCAUUAAAUGUUGUGAGCAAGUAGAAGAGACCACAUUUGCCAGUUAAUAGAAAUAACGGAAAAAAGAAAAAAAAAGAAUUAUGAAUUUAAUAAGUUUUAAACUAUGUUCUUUAUUUGAGGGAAAAAGUUCCAAAAUCAAGGGAAAGGAGAAAUAAUCAAAGUUAUGUACACUAUCUUCCUGUUUCUAACUCCUGAUUCCCCAUAGAUAAUGUUCUUUAGGCAAUAGGAGUUCAGCCUAGAGGAUCUAUGUUUCAAAGCUAGUGUCAUGAAAUGGAACCCUUGUCCAUGGGAUCACAGAAUAAUAAAGUGCCCCAAGAAAAUGGUGGUUUUCAGCGUGGGGGAGUGGGGGGAGAGGGGGAUAAUUUCACUUCCCAUUUGCAAUGCCUGGAGACAUUUUGGUUGUCACAGCUGGGGUAUUGCUGUUGGUAUCUAGUGCAUAGAGGUCAGGGAUGCUGUUAAAUAUACUACAAUGCACAAGAACAACCCCCCAAAACAGUUAUCCUGCCCAAAAUUUCAGUCAUGCUGAGGUUGAGAAAACUUGAUGUAAAGAACAGUUCCAGUUAUAAACUGAAAACAACCAUUUACAGAAGAGGUUCCCAGCAAAAAAAGGUAAAUUUCAAAUAGAAAGCAAUGUAAUUCAAAAUGAGUAUUUUAUAAGAGCAAAUACUACUACUUCAACUCAAGGGUGAGUGAUCUCAACAAAUAGUAAAUAGCAAUCCCUUUCUUACCAACUGCAUAUUGUAUCCAAAUCUUCUAUUUUAGAAACUGAAUUUGAUCAGUGAGCCUGUUGAACUCAACCACCUAUCCUUUCCUCAAGUGACCAACUCAAAAUUGUGGAAAACAAAAAGCAUAUUUUAAAAAAAAAAGUAUUAACAGGAAGGGUCAAAAACUGCCAGCUAUAAUGUAUCCACUAAGAACAAGGCUAGUAAAAUGGAGGGAGACAACUGGAAAAGGUCCCACUGUCCUUAAGGAAUUGUGCUACUGAAAAACAGGGAUGAUAUCAGUGAUUUGACCACUUGCAGUGUUUUCAGCAUAUUAGCAAGUGCUAAGUACUUUAUUUUUAAAGGUAUAGAAAAAUAAUAGUCUUCCUGGAACCCCUAAAUGUAAUACCUUUCAUGGAAUUUAUAAGGGACUUCAAAACCAAACCCAACCCCAUUUCAGUCGAGUCGAUUCCAAUUCAUAGCGACCCUAUAGGACAGAGUAGAACUGCCCCCUAGGGUUUCCAAGCCUGUAAUCUUUGCGGAAGCAGACUGUCACAUCUUUCUCCCACAAAAAAGCUGGUGGAUUUGAACCGCCAGCCUUUCGAUUAGUAGCUGAGCACUUAACCACUCGCCACAGAGGCUCCUUAUAAGGGAUUCAGUUAUUCUUAUUUCUGCCAAAAGGUGUGCUCUUCUAGGGACUCUUUCAAAAUACUUUGUUUCUGAAGUUAGGUAGCUCUUGGUUUACUGUAUCAGGGUCCAGUGUGGCAUUCCCCAUAGGAAUAUUUGAAGUUCUGCUAGUAGUCUGAGAAGAAGCCAAAGCACAAAUUAGUUGUCAAUAUUUCUUCCAUACUCUUAUAAUUAAAGGAAGCAACUUGCAAGGAAGAGCAAGAAAUAGGUUCCUGCUCUCCCCCUUGGGAAGCCAACUGCCAAAUCUUGUACAAAAACAGAAUCCCCAAGUGUGUGGGUCUAUUAUAAUUUCUUUAUGCUUAAUGAGUAAGGCAUCUCUUCUGCUUAAGCAAGAUCACGUAUCUGUACCAGUGACCUUUUCCUGCGUUUCGUUGUCUUUGAUUACGAUUUCCCUCUGGCUCUUUUUUGGUCUGUCAGGAUAACCAGCAGUGCAGAGUAUAAGAGAACUAUUCUUUCUAGAGAAUUCUUGGGAAACUGUGAAACCCACAGCAAAAUUGUUUGCUUUUUUCAGUCUCUUUUUUCUUUUCUAAAUCCUAUAGAAAAUAAAUGCGUAUGAAAAGAAACUACUACUUUAAUACUGCUGUAGAAGACCUUAGCUUUAUAAGAAAGGGAAAAAAAAAUUAACAAUGGGGAGGUAAUGUUCUUUAUGUAAGAAGACUUUAAUAGUUUACAGAGUUAUGUAAAAUGUGGUUCGAAUUUUAAAAUUUCAAACAAAUUGUGAUGGUACCAAAAACCACAAUAAGAGUUAAUAUAUAUAAAAACUACUAGAACAAAAAUGCUUGAAGGUGAGGGUGAAAGGUAUGGAAGACCAAAAGUAAAUUAAAAAAUAAAAUUUUGAAAGGAAGCACCUUAUUUCAGAGGCAGUUAAAGAUAACACUCCAUUUCUUCUUUCUGAUAAUGGUAUGGGUCAACAAAUGAACUUUGAGCUUUUUCAGAUGACUCUAAAUGUAUUUUGUUUUUUAACUGUACAACUGAUUCUUCUAUACUGUAAUGGUUUCUUUGCUGAGGCUGGAGAAUGGCCAGACGGUUGACUUUGUGCCUUUCAAACGCUCUCUGCUUUUGACAGUGGCUGACUUUGUGGUGAUGGAGAUGAUUCCCUUGCUUUUCAGGAUGUAUCUUUCUACGUAGGCCUUGAGAGAUUCAGAGUGGCAUGACUCAGACUUGGACCAAAUAUAAGAUCUUUUGUUUUGCAAACAAAGUAUGGUGAAUAAAAGGGUUGAAAAACAUGGUAAUGAUGAAUGGAAAUUUUGAUGGUUUGGUAAUUCUUUAAAACAUACUUAAAAUAUGCAGACUUUGAAAAUUUCAUCGUGACUAUCUUGAAAAUUUUCAGCGUGGUUCCUCAUUUAAAAACAUGUUUCUGACUUAAAUGGUUAAAGUCUAUUGCCUUAGAAAGUUUUAAGAGGUGCAGUCAACCUUACAGUCAACCUUCGUAAUGUAUAUAAGGAUUGAAACAUUAAUGCACACGCUGAACUAUACAAGAAAAAUAAAAAAUUUUAUUUCAGAGUAAAUUGGAUUGACUCACUCAGGGCUUUGAACUGGUUUGAACCAGUUCAGCCAUGGCUGACAAAGUGACACCAGAACAGACCUGAAUUUUUAUGAUUUGGGUGAUCCAGAAUGAUAACCAGAACAGGAAAAAUUACGGGUUGAAGCCCUGGAUUGGGAGACUCGGAAGAGGCAUAGUGAGCCCUUUCAGGGGCCUGAUGCAUGACACUGGAUUUUCAGCAGGACUGUGGAGAAGGACACAUUCAGAGUGGUGCAGCUGGCCACCAUCUUUGAGCAGGGCAUCUCGUUUCUGACUCUGCUCAAAAUCUGAUGGGCAAGAGAUUUGGUUGCUAUGCAACGCGUAUGCUGCCCUUGUUUUCCAAGAGGGUGAUUAGGUUUCCAGCAGAGCUUUGACCCAAAAUUAUUCCCAUUCUGGUUCACACAGAUUUUAAAAAUUCACAUCUGUUCCAGUUUUGCUUUCUUGGCCAUUUCUGAAUCGGGAAGAACUAGUUUGAAGCCCUGCUUUCACAUGAGAGAGUUUUUACCUUAUUCCCAGUGGAAACUACAUAAAACGAAACUAUUGCUUUAGAGUAUCUCUCUGCUCCUCCAGCUCUGUCAGGUCUGGUCUGCAGUAUUUUUGAGAUUUAGUUUUAUAAGCUCUGUGAAAUGCAAUUUAUAAGAUACGUGAAAUCACAUUAAGAAAAUAAAGCCAAAUAUUAAUAGUUUAGAGGGAUGACCAAGCUUGAAUGCAAAAGCCAAGAUAUUUGCCAGAUGCAAACUUUUUGGCCCAUUGCAGAGUUUUGUGCCAAUGAUUUCAUUUGGUGUCUAGGAACCAAAAGCUUGCUAUGAAAAUCACCUGGUGUCAAUCAAGCUUAGGAAUCUAUCUAUUUUUUUUUUUUUUUUUAUUAAAUAGGGUGACUUCUUCAUUUGCUUGUUCAAUAAUUGUGGCUUAUUUGUGUUGGGUGCCAAAUUAACUUAUGCUUAAGGAGGUCAUAGUCUAGGAGGAAACACGGGCACAGACAGUCACUUAUUUUAUGGCGUACUCUAACCCUGAAAGUUCAACAGUGAUGAUUUUAAAUUUUCUGACUAUUUUUUAUGAAGUGAGGGGAAAAGCAAUUUGGGGUAACACUGACUGUUAGAAACGGAAAUGUCAUUAAUAACAGGACUUAAAGUCUCCUCAAAUUGGAGGGAUCCCCUUAGGUCAGGCUGCCUUUCUCUCAGGAACCCCUUUUACAAUACCCAAACUGCUCAAACAGUUCCAGUGAUAAGGAGCAUUUAUUCCAUAACAGUGCUUUUCUAGCUGCUUCUUUUAAAGAACAAGAUUUUUUUGUCUAAAUUGUUAAGACACUGAGAACAUUUGUUAGAAAUUGAACUCUGUCAACAGUGUUAUUUACGCUAAGAUAAGCACAACUUCUAGAGAACACGCUGUUUUUUUUUUUUCAUUAAGUUUGGUCUUUGUUACAAAUGCAAUGGUCUUAUUUACUUAGAUUUUAAGAUUGGUUAAAUGUUAAUGAAAAGCAACUUAAUCUUUAAAUUUUAGUAGUGCCUUUUUCUCUGUAUGCCUUAUCUUUAUAUCAGUAAUAAUUCAGUUUACCCACCAAAAUGAAGAUUUUUCCAAAAUCAUUAGAUUUCAAGAGUUCAUUUGGCCUUUAGACUGUGUAUUGGCCCUUAAAUGUUUCUUAAUGCUUGCUUCUUCCUCCUACCCUUUUUUACCACCUCUUUUUUUUUUCUUUUUUAAUGUGUUGGGAGAGUAACAUUAGCAUUUGCCUGUGACAGACACUCUGCAGUCUCCACUAGACAAAGCAUAGAAAGAAGUAUUCUAAAGAGACGUAGCAAAUCGUUUUCCAGAUUGAUGACUUGAUUUUUCAAUCAUGUUGGCACUGAGCAAGUUAUAUGUGUAUCAUAGUUCAGUUAUAAUUUUUAUAGCAGAGCUACAGUGAUUGUUUUUGCCCUAAAGAAGUCAUUUAAAUGGUUUACGAAUGUUGGGGCAAUGAGACUUAGGACAAUAAGCAAGACAGCCAGGGAGAAUGAAUUCUAAUCGUUACUUUUUCACUACCAUUUUGACUAAUACUGUAGCUUUUCUGUGAAGUGUGUGUUUGUGUGUUUGGAGUUGGGGCGGGGGUGGGAAAGAAGGUAGAAAAGGUGUGAGUGUUUAAUACAUCAGUCUCCGUUCUUGGAGGAACACCUUAAAAGUAUGUAUCCUACUGAUGAUGGAUCAGUGUAAUCAUCUUCAGGCAGGGAAGCCAGCACAUUUCCACAAGUAGCUAGUACAGAUAACUGUUUAAUAAAGGUAUUUAUUGUAAUUGCCAAACUCUUGAUUGCUGAAAGUAGAUUAAAAUUGAAUUUGUAUGUGUAUGUGUGUGUAUAAUAAUGAGCUGAUAUAUAAUUCUUAAAUAGAAAGUAAUUGUUUUACAUAGUUCCUAAUGAACUCUUUGGAAUAGAAAUUCCAGACAUCAUCAAAACAACUUCCUUAGCUUACCAAGUAUUCAAAAGGAAACUCUCUUAUACCUCUUUUCGGUUGGCUAGGGAAGGCGUGCUGUGAAGCCACUGUUUCUACUUCACAGUCGUGUGUAGCUUUGCUUUGUCUUCUGCCAUGGUCUGGACAGGAUGCGAUAAUACAUGUGGAAAGUAUCAGGGCCAACCACGUCUCUUUACUCCUCUCUCAGAGCUGUAGAUGAUAAUGAGCUCUCCGUGGAGCCUAGAGAUUCUUCCAGAGAUGGUGAGAGUGGUCAAGAUUGAGCUUCAGAAAGUUGAGGGAUGAGGCAUAGCUAUAAUAAAAAGAAUAAAUUUUAUCUGUUUCUUGUAUACAGUCUCGCAUAAUUUUUCAUAAUUGUGCAUUUUAUUUGAGUCAUGGUAUUUUUAAUAACAGCAAAUACAUUAAAUCAGUAGGUACUAUUACUCCCUAUAUCUGAUAACUUCUUGUUUGUAUUUACAAUGUUUAUUAUCAGAAUAACUUUAAACCAAAGUUUUUAUAUUCCUUGCGCACAUAGCCAAAAUAAUUAGCACUGUUACUACUGCCCACCUGUAAGCUAAUAGUAUAAAAAUUAUAAAGCAGGCACUAGUAGAAUUUGUAUCUCAAUCUGUCCUUCAAGGAAAAGGACAGGUACUCAGUCCUGUGCAUUUACAUGCAGAAUUUACUUCAGCUGUUAAGGAACUGUAGAUGUUAUGAACUUGAGCUUGUACACGUGCCAAUCUUAUUAAUGUCACUUGGCCAUACACGCAGAUACAUAUCCGUUCCCUUAUGAGGCCUCAGAUCUGUGGCAUACUUUCUUCCUAGUGUCUUAACAUUUAUGAACUCGUGUCUGACUUGAGGGGCAUUUCAGGAAAGCUGUGAAGAAAAGUAGGUUAUGGACGGAUGUCUGCUUUGUACCAUAGACAUUUUGGAACGUGAAGAGUUUGCUCUCUAGUAUAUGUGCAGAAUUUGUCCCCAAAUAAGGAUUUCUGAGUCCCUUAAUGCCUGUUGAGAACAGUAAAGUUCAUGACUAUAAUGAAAAGCACUUUUGUGUUCAUUUAUUUAUAUUUUUUUAGAAUUUAUUUUUUAAAAACAUACGUAACUAGUAAUUUUAGCAUUACUUAGAGGGAAGGGGGAAGAUAGGUAACAGAAUUAUAUCUUAAAUUCUAUUGGAUACUUAAACUCUGAAAUGGAUUUGACAUAUUCUCAUUUUUCCAAAAUUUUUUUCAC